UUUUUUUUUUUUUUACAGAUAGACUGAAAAUCAAGAAAGAUGUCUAAGCAACAACCAACUCAGUUUAUAAAUCCAGAAACUCCUGGCUAUGUUGGAUUUGCAAAUCUUCCCAAUCAAGUUCACCGAAAAUCAGUGAAAAAGGGGUUUGAGUUCACACUGAUGGUUGUUGGUGAAUCUGGUCUAGGAAAAUCAACUCUCAUAAACAGCUUAUUCUUGACUGAUCUCUACCCGGAAAGGAUUAUACCUGGAGCUGCAGAGAAAAUUGAAAGAACUGUCCAGAUUGAGGCCUCAACUGUUGAGAUUGAAGAGCGGGGCGUCAAGCUUCGGCUUACAGUAGUGGACACACCUGGCUAUGGGGAUGCCAUCAACUGCAGGGAUUGUUUCAAGACAAUUAUCUCCUACAUUGAUGAACAGUUUGAACGCUAUUUACAUGAUGAGAGUGGACUGAACAGACGGCACAUUAUUGAUAACAGGGUACAUUGUUGCUUCUACUUCAUCUCACCUUUUGGACAUGGACUGAAGCCCUUGGAUGUUGCAUUUAUGAAAGCAAUACACAAUAAGGUGAAUAUUGUGCCUGUCAUCGCGAAAGCUGACACUCUAACUCUGAAGGAGCGUGAGCGGCUAAAGAAAAGGAUUUUGGAUGAAAUUGAAGAGCAUAACAUCAAAAUCUAUCACUUACCUGAUGCAGAAUCAGAUGAGGAUGAAGAUUUUAAAGAGCAGACUAGACUCCUUAAGGCCAGUAUCCCAUUCUCUGUGGUUGGCUCCAAUCAGUUGAUUGAAGCCAAAGGCAAGAAGGUCAGAGGUCGACUCUACCCAUGGGGUGUUGUGGAGGUGGAGAACCCAGAACACAAUGACUUCCUGAAGCUGAGAACAAUGCUUAUCACCCACAUGCAGGACCUACAGGAAGUAACCCAAGACCUUCACUAUGAAAACUUCCGUUCUGAGAGGCUGAAGAGAGGUGGCAGGAAAGUAGAGAACGAGGACAUGAAUAAAGACCAAAUCUUGCUUGAAAAGGAGGCUGAGCUCCGCCGCAUGCAGGAGAUGAUCGCAAGGAUGCAAGCGCAGAUGCAGAUGCAGAUGCAGGGUGGUGACAGUGACAGCGGGACACUCGGGCACCAUGUGUGAGGUGGCGUUUUAUAUUAGAAACACUCUUAGAUAAAAAGAAAGUCUUCCUAAUAAGUGCUACAGCAUCAAGUUUCUUCACACCUGUCAAAGUGUGCCCAUCCACAUUUGAGACCUGCGUCUGA